CGUUAACGCGUCCUUUCUUAUCAUCUUCCUCUCACUUUUAACAUCAUAUUGAAAAGAGAUUCUAUGAUCUUUCAUUCUACUCAUUGACUGAAACAUUGGUUUUUCUUGUAAGCGUAGCAGGCACGCCUGUAUUCGAACUCGACAUCAUCCAACGCCACACUGAAUCUUACACGCGAUAACCUCUCAAUACAUUCAUGCUAUGGCCACAGCCUCUCCAGUAGCGUUCUCUGCGAUGGACCCUCCUGUGAUCGAUGAUACGAUGGAGAUGGCUUCCCCUUACCCGGGGCAUGCCGACGAUUUUGACAUCGACCUCGAUGUCAUGGACGAUCAAGCCUCGAACAACGAUAAAGACAUGAUUGGAGACGACGAAUUUGAGGAGCCUCCUCAACCAACAUAUGAACAAGAUGGUGCAAAUGAUGCCGACAUGAUAGAUGAUGUCGCUGAACCGACCAUGCUUGAUGCAGACGACCAAUAUGCAGAGACAAGUUAUAGUGUCGAGAUGCAGUACGGCACUGAAAAGCUUUACGAGGCAGAUAUGCUAGAAGAUGAUUUUGAGGAAGACAUUGAUGCCCCUGUUCCAGAAGCUCCUGUACCAGAACUCCGAGAAGAAGCCCCGACACCCCUUGAAUCUGCAGUUAAUCAAGUAACAUCAGAACAAACCCCUACUGGAGAAGGCAAUAUCGAACAAGACAAUAGUGGAAACCAGACCGCGGAAAACCUUCCUGAGACUGGUGCCGAAUCGGCACAUGUGCAAGAUGCACCGGAAGAAGUUACUCCACAUCACCAUCAUCAGGAUACCGACCAUGUUACCCAGGAACCUGAAGUGGGCCAGUCUGAACGUGAGAAAGUUGAUAAUAAUGUCAACGACACUAACAAACCAGCUCAAGUAGAUAUACCGGAAGGUCCUGGUGAUUAUGAGGAUGAUACAACUGGCGCGGAACAGCCCCAAGUGUAUCAAGAUGAUACUAGUGGAACCCAGCCAAUAUUGGAUGAGCACAAAGAACCGGAAGAAGAACAAAGAGAGCACACGGCGUUUGACGAUUCACAUGAGCAAGAGACGAAACCUGCGGGAGACAACGAGCAAGAAAAUGAUACAGCUAAGGAUAUUCCUCUCUACCCUGUGAGAGUUUACUACCAAGAAAACGAGAUUUCGUUAUUCCCACCUCACGAGGGCGACUCCUCCGAAACUUUUUUCCUCGAAGAUGAAAACCUAGCAUAUGCGCCGUUAGGAGAGCUCUUUCAGUCUUGUCGUGGAGUACUUCGCGAGCAUAUUGGUGACAAUGAAGUUCUCAUUAUGGAUGUUGACGCUCUGAACAUCCAACUAACUGAGGAUUCUUCACAUAUAUCAAAGAUAACUUUGUAUCAGAUUGUCGACUUGUACCUACAGUUGUGCCACAAUGAUGGGGUCGAUGAACCUGAACCCCUCUAUCUCACCCUCAAUACGAAACUGACUAUAUCUGCGGAGGUUUCUGACCUCCUUCUAGCUGCCAGUGAAGGAAAAGGCUUGUCUGAGAUCCAUUCGUGGGAUGGCUAUCAUGAAGUGGAGGGAGCCUCAGCAGAUAUCCUUGAAGGAGAUGACCAGGAGCUGAAAUCGGAUGAAGAGCAGCAAGAUAUGCCCUAUGAAAAAGUUCGUCGCCUUUCUGAACCACAAGAUGUUCAUGGAAAGGAGCCUACUACCAACGAUCACCAAGUCGCAGAGGGUCAACAGGAUGACCAAUGUUUGGAGGGUGAUGAUGCAAGUGCUAACAUAUCAGACGAUGCCCCUGAAGCAAAAGAAGCCAGCCGGCUGCAGCUCGAGAACCCAAAGCCUUGCGAUCGACAAUCACCAAAUGAGGCAUCGUAUGACUCGGAAGAAGAGCAACAUACGGAAUCCACAGCUACUAUAACCAAUCUACCGGCAAAUGACUCAACAGAUGGGCAGCAACAUCCUGACGGUUUUACAGAUGUGCCACCUAAUAAUCAAGAGGCCCAUGACACCCAUGAAGAACGGUACGAACUAGAAGGCACUAGCGACAAGGGUUUUCCCGAAGAGGGAAUCAGCUCAGUUACUGCCAAUAGUAUUAACUAUGAAGAAGAAGAUGAAGGUGAUGCCUCUGGUCAUGAACAUGACCAUUCCACUGAGCCAAACACAGAAAAGCAUCACGAGGAACCGCCGAAAGAGAGUUAUGAAGACACCCACACCGAGGUUGAGAGUGUUUCCCAAGACGACGAAGAUGAUACCGAAGAGACAUUGCAGGGCGACGAAGGAGAUACUUUGCCCAAGGUGGAUAGCACUGUCGCAGAUGUACAAGGGAACCUCGCUCAACCUAGUCCCGAUCUGGCCGACGUCUCACUCGGUAUCACAGAAGACCUUAAGAGCUCUAUCGGCGGCCCAGAGAAUAUGGAUGACGAUUUCGUGGAUACAGGCCUUCCUGGAGAGAUUACUGAUGUGGCUCAAGAUACUGCAUCAAAUGCCAUCGGAGACGAAGUCGAAGAAUUACCCUUCGAUGACGAGGAAGAAUACCUAGACUUCGGGAUCGACGAAGAUCUCGGUGUAGCUGAUGAGGAGAUUGGCACGAAGUCCGUUUCGGCAUCCACCAAACGGCAUCGUGAGCCGGAAGAUGAUGAGUUUGAGCUGGCUGAGAGCCCUACUCCAGACGCUAAGCGCUCCCGGUCUUCGUGAUCUCAUCUUCACCAUCUUCACUAGUUUCUUACCACCCCUUUGAUCUAUCUGCCAGACUAGUCCGCCAUUUUUCUGGACUGUAUGCGCAUUUGUCGGAUUUGUCUAACCAGUCACUGCACCUCUCGGUUCGUGCUGAUCACAGUAUCUUUCCUAUCGAGGUGCGCUAGUAACAAUGAACUAACCUAAAAUACUUCGGUGGAUAUCGACCGCCACAGCCACUCAAACGGAAUCAGGUAUGUAUCUCCCUAAUAACUCCUCAGAUUUUCAAAGUAUGCUCUUAGAGGUAUACGUUCAGUCUUGUCC